GAACGAACUGGUGGCAUGCUGUUUGGUGCGACAUGGGGGCGCCAGUUCGUGCCAUCUCUGCGAGCAGCGUGGGCCGGCACGGCGCGGCUGUCAACGUCCCGACGAGUGGGGGCACUCAAGACGGGCUUGGUGGGAUUGCCCAAUGUGGGCAAGUCUUCGCUCUUUAACGCGCUGCUCGGCACAACGCAGGCAGAGGCCGCCAACUAUCCAUUUUGCACCAUCGAGCCCAACGUGGGCACGGUGCUGCUGCCCGACGAACGGCUUGAUCGCCUGGCUCACCAACAGCAGGCCCAGCGCACCGUCUACACCACCCUGCAAUACGUAGAUAUUGCUGGUUUGGUGCGCGAUGCCAGUCAAGGGGCGGGUUUGGGCAAUCAAUUUCUGGCCAACAUUCGAGAGUGCGACUUGGUUGUUCAUGUGGUGCGCGUCUUCCCUGACGAGAAUGUGACCCAUGUUGAAGAGCGCAUCGAUCCGCUGGCGGAUAUUGACAUUAUCGAGCUUGAGCUGCAGUUGGCGGAUCUAGGGCAGAUUGAGCGCUUGCGUGCCAAACACAAAAAUCUGCGCCUUAAGGAGCCGGUGAUGCACGCCGCAGCCGAGAAACUGCAUCAUGGGCUGAACAGCGGGCUGCCAGCCAGUGCUUGUGAGCUGACGGAGGAAGAGGUGGCAGCUGUGCGCAGCCUGGGUCUUAUUACCCUCAAGCCGAUGAUUUAUGCCAUCAACACAGAGGAGGACCAGCUCGCAGAGCCUACGGGUGCCACGGCGGAGCUGGUGUCUGCAUUGGCCGAGCGCGGGCAGCAUGGCGUUUUGGUCUCAGCCAAGUUUGAGUCCGAGUUGGCAAUUUUGCCUCCCGAGGAUCGCCUGCUCUUUCUCGAGGACUUGGGCUUGACACCUUCGCAGACGGGGUUGGGCAAGCUUGUCCGAGCCAGCUAUCAGCGACUCGACUUGCUUUCUUUUUUCACCGCCGGCGUCACUGAGGCACGGGCCUGGAGCUUGCAGCGAGGCGCCAUGGCGCCACAGGCUGCUGGCGUGAUUCACUCUGAUUUUGAAAAGCACUUUAUCAAAGCAGAGGUCAUUGCCUGGGAUCAACUCUUGGAGGCGGGUGGCUUUUCGCAGGCACGGGAACGCGGCUGGAUCCGUCUCGAGGGGCGGGAGUAUGCUGUUCAAGAUGGUGAUGUUAUUGUUUUCAAGACGGCGGCAUGAGCUUGCGAAAAGCAUGUUCUGCAAUGUUAGACGAGGUAUUGCUGGGCAGGAAAGUUUUAUAGGGGAUUAAUUCAAGAAUGAGUCG